GGGCGAGGGAGAGGAAUACUGGUCCAGCAGCAGCAGCAUCUGUGGUCGCAGCGGAGCGGAGAGGUGACGGAGACCCGGGGCUCGGCGACGAAAAUGUGGGUAAAUUAAGCGUGACUCCCGGUGGAGAUGCACGAAGCGGCCGCCUGAAGUCUGCCCCUGCUCCGUCCGACACAGAUCACUGCGGAGAUCUGACUUUACCCCAUCAAUGAGAUCUGUGGAGCGGCUCUACCUCUCGGUGGUAACGCAGAAAAACACAAGAUGAAGAAGCAGUUCAAUCGAAUGAGACAGCUCGCCAACCAAACAGUUGGAAGGGCAGAAAAAACAGAAGUAUUGAGUGAAGAUCUACUACAGGUGGAGAAGCGUCUGGAGCUGGUGAAGCAGGUCUCCCACAGCACUCACAAGAAGUUGACAGCGUGUCUGCAGGGACAGCAGGGCGUGGACGUGGAGAAGAAGUCUGUCAGAUCUCCAUCGAAAAAGCUCCCCCUGACGACGCUAGCACAAUGCAUGGUGGAAGGGUCUGCUGUGCUCGGGGACGACUCGCUCCUGGGGAAAAUGUUAAAACUCUGUGGAGACACGCAGGACAAACUGGCGCAGGAGCUGAUCACGUUCGAACUCACCAUCGAGAGAGACGUCAUCGAGCCUCUCUACGACCUGGCGGAGGUGGAAAUCCCAAAUAUCCAAAAACAAAGGAAACAUUUAGCGAAGCUGGUCCUCGACAUGGACUCUGCACGGACGCGGUACUACCAGUCCACAAAGUCUUCAGGACUGUCCAGUAACAUGCAGCCGACAGGGGCCAAGGCGGACCACCUCAGGGAAGAGAUGGAGGAGGCUGCCAAUCGCAUGGAGAUUUGUAGAGAUCAGCUAUCAGCAGACAUGUACAGUUUUGUGGCCAAAGAAAUAGACUAUGCAAGCUACUUCCAGACCUUGAUAGAGGCUCAGGCAGAGUACCACAGGAAGUCAUUAGAGCUGCUCCAGAGUGUACUGCCACAGAUCAAAGCGCAACAGGAGUCCUGGGUGGAGAAGCCCUGCUAUGGCAAACCAUUAGUGGAGCACUUAGCACUCAGUGGGAGAGAUAUUGCCUUUCCCAUAGAGGCCUGUGUCACCAUGCUGCUGGAGUGCGGCAUGCAGGAGGAGGGUUUGUUCAGAGUUGCUCCUUCGGCCUCAAAACUAAAGAAGUUGAAAGCCUCAUUAGACUGUGGAGUACUGGACGUCCAGGAGUACAGCGCAGACCCUCACGCCAUCGCAGGUGCUUUGAAAUCCUACCUUCGAGAACUCCCUGAACCACUGAUGACCUUUGACCUAUACAAUGACUGGAUACAGGCAUCAAACAUCCAAGACCAAGACAAAAGACUGCAGGCUCUCCUUGGUGCUUGUGAAAAACUACCACCAGCAAAUGGCAACAAUUUUAAGUAUUUGAUAAAGUUUCUCUCCAAACUCACUGAAUAUCAAGAUGUGAACAAGAUGACUCCUGGAAACAUUGCCAUUGUCCUGGGACCAAACCUGCUUUGGACACACAAUGAAGGAAAUAUUACAGAGAUGAUGACAACCGUUUCUCUUCAAAUCGUUGGCAUCAUUGAGCCGAUUAUUCAACAUGCUGACUGGUUCUUCCCUGGAGAGAUUGAAUUCAAUGUCACAGGGAACUAUGGCAGCCCAGUCCACACGAACCACAACGCCAACUACAGCCUGAUGCCGUCUCCAGACAUGGACCAGAUCGAGCGGAAACAAAACGACCAGUGCAGACGACCCCUCAGCGUUGCCACAGACAACAUGAUGCUGGAGUUCUACAAGAAAGACGGCAUUAGGAAGAUCCAAAGCAUGGGCAUCAGGGUCAUGGACACUUCCUGGGUGUCACGUAGGGGCUCGCGUAAAUGUUCAUCCACGCCGCCCCACGUGCACCCGCCCACCCCACCCAUUGACGAGCGCUCAGUCACCCCUUCCCCAACCCCUCCGCCCAAUAGCAGCGAUCGAGCCAGCUCGGAUGAUGCGUCCUCGAAUUGGUCGGACUCCUGUUACACGUAUCCCUCCCCUGAAGAGGAGAGGCCACCGCCCCCUUACCCUUACUCCUCCACCCUCUCCUCUUCCUCCUCUGGCUCUGCCUUUUCUGCCCCUCAUCACCACUUCUACACCCGAACACCCCCGAGUAUGCGUCCCACUGCCUCUAACCCAGAGUGUGUGUCCCCGCCUGGCCCCUCCCCUCCUCCGCGCUGGUCCGUGUUUAGCCCCCCUUCGCUCUCCUCCGCUUUCUGCUCUCUGGACGUCAACUCUAACCCCAAAUCCAGUUCCCUGUCUGAGUCCCAGCAUGUGCCCCCCACCUCUGAAUCGAACGGGUCGAACCUUUAUAUCAAACCUCCACUCGUUCUCACACGCCACGAUCUGUUCCCAAACUGCCCCCCCAGACCCCACAGCACACCCCUGUCCGCCCCCCCUCCCUGGUCAGCCUGUGCCUGUACCAAAGACAGAAGUGCAAGGCUGAAUAGCACCCUGAAGAACAAGGAGCUCUCUCCUGUGAUUGGACAGAAGGGACUUCAGGGAACAGUGACCUCUAGUGGGCCUUCACAGCUCUCAGAGCACAGCCCACAUUCACUAAGAAGAGCAAAGAAGCUAGCCCCUAUCCCACCUAAGCCCCCCUAUUCUCAGACAGGGGCGAUCUCAGACCAGUCUACAGGACAGCCCUCUCCGGUCAGCUUAUCUCCCACUCCCCCAAGCACCCCGUCUCCGUAUGGCUUCAGCUACCCUCAAGGAUACGCCACCAUAGGCUCCCCCAUACAGGUGCAGUCUGCCACCACGCCCUCUCUGUCCUCUCCCCCCUCUCUAGCCGGGACCCUCACUAAGGCUCGACCGACACCCAAGCCUCCCCGAAAUAGACCCAGCCUGCCUCCCCCUCAACCACCCAGCACCCCCGGGACCAGCCCACAACCUCUAGACCACUCCACCGGACUACUAGACGGACUAUCACAAGGGGAGAGCAUGUCGACGGAUUCUUUCUGUAACCUGGAGAUCCCAGUCAUCAACAUGGAGCUGGAUAGUAUUUUUGACAUGCCUCACAUCUCAAACUUCAGAAACUCAUUGACAUUUUAUGACUCGAGCCACAAGGGGGCGGAGUCCGAGGAGGAGUCGGAGAGCACAGUGCUAUGACAUCACCAGCUUUAGCUUUACUUAGCUUUAGCUGCUCAAAACAUCAUCUGCAUCUCUGCACUAUGGAAUCAACAAUGGAGAUGCAGAACACAUAGUCAGAUCUGAGUGUAGUCCUGGACUUUUGGUCAAUAGGAUUUUUACAUUAGCUGGUUUUAUCCAUGGCACAUACAGUAGAAUUUUAAGUAUUUUUAUUUAUGUUUUGCCUUAUUUGAAUCACUUGCAAUAUUGCCUUUAAAUCCCACAUACUGGACUAUAGCUGCUCAAAGGACCAAGUGCUCUUUGCUGAGAAGAAACAAAACCUGUAAACAUUUGUCACUUAGGAAAUUUUGAGUUAAUCUUAUGCUGCCAUCUCUAGUUUUGUCCUUUUUUCUCAGGGUUGUCAAUAGAAAGCUUCAGCACUAAAUUACAGUGGCAACAACCCCUCAUGCGUGUGAUUAUUGUGCCAUUAUUUUCUUUUUGCAUGUUUUUACAAUGGCAAUAUGUUUUUGGUAAGCUAGGUUGGAAAAAAGAUUCCCAAAUUAUCUCACUACUCAAAUCAUUCAAGUAUUUUUGGUUCAUAAUGACAAUUCAAUGUUCACAAUGGCAGUUACAUUUUGCAUCUAAACAUAUUUAUGUAAAAGUUAAAACCAUUCUGCAAUAUAUCACUACGGCAACUGAACUUUACUAAAAUGGCCUUAGGAUGAAAAUGGUCAAAUUGUUUUAUCAGCAAGAGAAAAUAGGGAGCAGUUAUACAUGGGUCCAGUCAGUCAUUAUAGUUAGCCAUGCUGUGCUCUGUGUCGCCAUCAUGGUUGCCCGCCCAAGAGCAGUUUUAAGACAUUUAAUAUAUUUUGCUAAUUACAGGUGACUCAGAAAUAGGUAUAGAAGUGUUUAUUUUAAAGAGAAUAUUUCUACUGAUAUAUCUAAAGAAAUUUUAGAAUGGAUUGUUUCACUUGGGACCAGACUAUAGCCACUGAUGAAUUCAAAUGACAAACGAGGUUAGUUUUAGGCUUGUUGCUUGCCUUGAGAUGGGCCUUUUAGACCUGUCAUGGUUUGUAAGACUUUAUGUUGGUGCAUCUGCUUCACUUGGCCUCAAAGUCACUGUGCUGCUCCCAUGUGUUUAAGUGCGUUAUUAUUCACAAUAGCUUUGUAAAUAGUGUCUGUACAUAUGUGUUGUGUAUAUAGUGAAAGGGAGAAAUUUAAUAUUUACAGAUAUAAUAUACAUAAAAGAUAAUGCUGACAGUUACAUUGUAUUGUAAAUAUAAAUAUGACAAUACAGUAGUUCUAGCACAAUGUUGCCAGAAUCACUUAAAUAACAAGUAGUUUUAACAAGUUUAUCUGUUACUGUUUGUAUAUUUUAUGGCACUGACUUCAUAGUUUUUUCAAUUUAAAAAAAUCUCAAUGCAUUUCCAGCGAUCUGAUUUCCCAGUACUGCCUUUGUGUCCGUGGGCAAAACAGUUCACCCGUACCAUCUACUCCAGUCACAUGGUUUGUUUCAAAAGAAAAUUCAUCAGAUAUAAAUCAUCAAUAACUGUAUAUUCAAUUUGUUCUAGUCCCUAAUAUGCGAGAAAAAAAAAAAGACAAAAUAAUGUGCAUAUUACUAACCCACAAAUAUGACCUCAUAAUAAAGAAACUGGUUCUUCGAGGGGAUGAGUUGUAAGCAACACAGGGAAAUCAGAUCAGUCAACUUUACAUAUUGCAGAAUAGAAACAAAACAAAAACACAUGAAGCUCAAGACCUCAUUUCAUUUCACAGGUGAUAAAAACUAUACAAAAUGCCUACUGCAUACUCAAAAUCAAAUACAGCAAUGCCCUAACAGCCACGUUGUAAUCCGCAUGAGACACUGGUGUUUUAAACAUGUAAAAUAAAAAAUUGUCACUGAUCACAAAUUUGUAAGUUGUUGUUGGCUGUGCUGAGGUGAAUGGUCUGUCUUGUCUAUGUCCAAAUCUGUGUUUUACAACGUGCUGCUCUUUGUUUUGUACUAAAGGGUAUAAAACUUGUAAAUAAAUCCAUUCAAAACAACUUUAUGAACAAUAUAAGACAGACGGUGACAAACUCCAGUAUUACAGCUUUUGAAAGCAUGAUGCCCUUUGAACACGGACAAACAAAAGCCUUUUUUUUACACAAAUAGGUGGAAUGUAAUGGUCAUAGACACCAUUUUGAUCAUGUGUUGUAUUGCAAAGUAAAUGGAAAUAUUGAGACGGUGGGUGGGGAGUAUGAUUCAUUAUUGUCCUGUGUGAAAGUUAGCCGCAUGCUUUUUAGCCAUGAACUGAACAGGUGUCUCAUAUUUGGUCCUAAAUAAAUGUGUUUGUAUUUAUUUUUAUAAGUGAUGAGAGUUUGCAAGAGAAAAAUAAUCAUUCUGGUUCUGAUUUGAGUGUCAUAAUUUAUUGUGCGUUUUUACCACUAACCACUUUCUAUUUUAAUGUCUUCAUGAUCAAGAAAAGCACAUGACAUUUAAAAUUGUUGUCAAAAUAAAUAAAAUAUUCAAUUUGGAUUUUCUAACUGCAAUGUCACAUUUUCAUUACAAUUUGUCCACUGCAUGUAGCCACUAAAGGUAAUCGUUUUCACAGUUAAUGGGGGCCAAAAUAAAAGGGAACACGAUAGACUUAAUAUAUGGCUCUUGUGUCAAACUAGUGAUGCUGUGGACUGAAAAGAGGAAGGGGAAAUGCCUUUUUUGGACAUGUUUGUUUUCUCUUGGUCACAGAGUGGACGCAGUGUGUACUGUAAAAUACUCCUCAUCCGAAUGUUGAAACUAUUAAACAUGUUUUUACAUUAAA